CGCCUACAUCUUUUAAACUGAUAAUUGCUUUUCUCUCCCGACAGAGCAAACUGCUGAUGGAGGGUUUCCGCAGCUUAAAGGAGGGAGAGCAGGUGGAGUUCACCUAUAAGAAAUGCUCCAAGGGCCUGGAGUCCCUGCGGGUGAACGGGCCUAGGGGGGGGCCCUGCGCAGGCAGCGAGAGGAGACCCAAAGCCAAGGUCCCACUCCAGAAACGCAAACCAAAGGGAGACCGCUGUUAUAACUGUGGAGGUCUGGAUCACCAUGCCAAGGAGUGUGGCCUGCCCCCCCAGCCAAAGAAAUGCCACUACUGCCAGAGCAUCACGCACAUGGUGGCCCAGUGCCCCCACAAGGCGCUGGCCCCCGCCUCAGGUUCUCAGGACCAAAAUGUGUCUACCUCUACGGGGCCCUUCCUCGGCCCGCCGGAGGAGGAGGAGCGCUCGGGCUCGUCUCCCCUCGAGGGGUCCUCCUCCUCCCCCGAGGAGCCCCAGCCUCCCCGCGGCCCCCGGACCCAGAGGUGGAGGAAGUCCUGAAGACAGCCCAGAGAGGUGUGCCGCUCACC